UUUCGAUGGAAACUCUAGUUAUUCGAGUGGGUUUACUGUGGAUUACUUUAGACAUGGCCAAGACCAGUUUAUGUCUGGUACCAAUUCUCUGUCAAUUUCUGGGACUACAUGCCGCUUUGCUAGACUCUCUACUUAAUCAGAGUACCAUUUACUACCUUAAACCAUCAGCGGAUGUUUCCCUAGAGACUGUGGAUCAGUUGUCGUCUGCGGAAUCUGUCAAGUUGAUUGUGCACGGUUACCUGGGAUCGCGCACCCAUGGCUCUAUAAUGCCUCUGAGAAAUGCCUAUACUGCUCAGGGAUAUGAGAAUGUUUUGGUGGCUGACUGGGGUCCUGUGGCCAAUUUAGAUUAUCCCAGCUCGCGGUUGGCUGUGAAGAAGGUGGCUCGGAUUCUAGCCAAAUUAUUGGAGGAAUUCCUUCAACGCCAUGGGAUCUCUUUAGAAGGAGUCCAUGUCAUAGGACACAGCUUGGGAGCUCAUAUUGCAGGACGAAUUGGACGUUAUUUCAAUGGAUCUUUGGGCAGAGUUACGGGUCUGGAUCCGGCUCUUCCCCUCUUUUCAAGCCGAUCGGAUGACAGUUUGCACUCGAAUGCCGCUCAAUUCGUGGAUGUGAUUCACACGGACUAUCCUUUGUUUGGGGAUAUUCGGCCUCGAGGAACUGUGGACUUCUAUCCAAAUUUUGGACUGGCUCCACAGCCAGGCUGUGAAAAUGUGGAUGUUGUUGCUGCCAGUAAGCUACUCCACGAGGCUUAUAGUUGCAGUCACAAUCGAGCAGUCAUGUUCUACGCUGAAUCAAUUGGAAUGCCUGAGAAUUUUCCAGCGAUUUCUUGCAGUUUGACGGCCAUUAAAAGUCGGCGUGUUGAGGACUGUCUAAGGGAAAAAUCAAAAACUAAUACAAACCCAAGUGAAUAUCAAACUGUUUUUAUGGGCGAACAUGUUAAUCACAGCGCCACCUUGUACUAUUAUUUGAAAACUAAUGGAGCGCCACCCUACGGCCAGGGCAGGAACUCACAUUUCUGAUUUUACUUGUCGCACUUAUGUACAGAUGGCGCUUAAAGCCGGAAGACAUGUAUAGCUUCAGAAAUAGAUGUCGCCACCUAACCACCUAUAUUGACCCACAUUCUACAAAGAAUAUAGUUUAUCAUAAUUCUUUAAACCUAUAAUCAUUUAAAAGUAAUUCAUAAGCUUUAAUAGAAAAGCUAUAGUUUUUGAGUUGUGUUAAUGCAAAUUUAUUACGUUAAGGAGACAUGAGAUAGCUUAAGCCUUUCCAGCACAUAAAUUUAGUCUUGUAAAAUCUCCCUCACCCACCAAAAGAGCUAAUCAUCUUUUAUUUCACUAAAUUCCUGCUCAAUCAGCAAAUGAAUUUCAAUUAGCUGCGACCAUCAUCCUUAUUAGAACCUGCAAUGAAAAGUUCCGCAAGCGCAACGGCUCAUAAAUCACAUUCAAUUUAUGAAUGAAGAGAACAAACAGUCCCCCUCUUCGGAUUCUUCGGAUACCUGGAUGCUGCGGAUGACUGCGGACCCGGGGGUUAUUUAUGGGCCAAUAACUUUACAACUAAACGCUCAUCUACAUUUAAUGGCGAUAAUUUUUGACGCAAUUCGAGAGGCAGACACGUCGGCGGUCUCGGGCUUCCUCCUCUUGGAUCGGGGAUCCUAACUUGCAGAGGAGUUGUUGGCCUACAAACAAGAGGAAGCAACCGCAGAAGAUAAGGCAAAACACUUGACACCUCGGCGUCGGUGGUGCGGUGGCUUGGCGAUUCGGUGGUUCGGUGGUGCUUCUUUCCUCUGCGCCGCCAGCGGCCAAAUACACUGAGAAAACACACGCAUAAUUCAUAGGCGGAAUUAAACUUAUAAUAAAUGCUUCAAGU